CGCUGACAUUUAUGACUCUUUAAUUCCGCGCUCUCGGACUUUCGGCUUCUCGGCAGAUGACAACAGCCACUGUGGCGAUUCGUACUCGUAUCGGGGCGAGCACCUGAUCCCGCUUGGGGAAUUUCUUUCCCCUCUGAUUAGCAGUUUCUUUGUCGCCGCAGUAAAACCAGUCCUAAUAUCGUCAAAAGAUAGUCGCAAUAUAGGCCCGAUAUUGGUGAUCUGGCUGGUCAUGUUAAGCAUUCUGACUAACGAGUUUCUCGGACUCUAACUCCGGGUGGCAGAACUUCCAACCUAUCGUUGGACCCAGGCCUCUUCCUCCAUGCGUCUGAACACCUAUCCUGGUCUCAAGCAGGGAUCAACUGAGCCUACCAGUGAUAAACGCCAGGCAGAUGAUUAUUCUUUUUGCCUGCUAAAUGCGUCCCCCUUCUCAGCUGAGAAUUUAUCCGCUGGACCAAACAUCCAGGCUUUCCCUAUGAAAAGCUUGACAAAUCUUAUCCGGGGUGAUGGUUCGCAUGACAUACUGUCCGAUAAGUAUGAUAGUGGGCCCUCCCUCUUUCUUCCCCUCCCCAAAAACGCCUCUCUUUACUCAGGUAGGCAGGUCUUCAGCUCCGGGCGGCAAAGUGAAACCCAGCCAAAAGCAGAACAAGGAACUCCGACAGGCAAAGAGAAGAACGAAGAACUCUAAAAAAAAAAGCCAGUCUAGUAUCAGUCAUAUGCAAAUCAAUCGGCCACGUAAGACCAGAACAUACCUGAUCUGCUCGCGACUUAUCAUACUCCAAUCAGCGGGCGUUACCUCCCCGGCGGCGCUUGACCGGGAAAUUCGCGUCGCCCAUAGUCCGGAGCUUAUUGUCCAGUAACGUUGAUUAGACUCGAUAAAGUUGCGGGCGCAAUUCAACCAGGAUCGAGCUUUGUCCGUUGCUUCAUUCUUUGCCUGAAAUUACUCCGUACUUUAAUUUAAAUUGAAGGUUUGCCUUCUUCUCAUUCUUCUGCUCUAGUUGACUUCAUUCCACAUUGGC